AUGGAGAAUAAUAUGAAUGAACUACAACAACAAAGACAAAUGUUAGAAAAUACUACCAAAUUACUCUCUCUUCUAGCAUCAUCAUCAUCAUCAUCAUCGACUCCAAUAACACCUGUUCGUACACGUAAUGUUGUCAAUGCUAUCUAUAUAGCAGGAAUUGUUUUUAUGAUAAUCGUUUUUCUUGUUUUACUCUGGAUUAAUUUAUGUAGUCGACAAUGUUGGUGUUGGCAUGAUACAUCUCUUAGUAAUAGAUUUAAUCGUCGAUUGUUAAUAAAACAUUCAAUAGUUAGAAAUACAUCAUCAUCAACAGAAAAUCAACAACAUAAAAAAUCAACUAUUGAUUUCUAA